AUGUAAGUAGUCCCUAAACAAAUCAAGAUGAAGAAAAAGAGAUAAACUCAAAAGCCUAGCCAAAAAAAUAGUAAUUCAAGUAUUAAUUAGCACAGUGUUAACUCAAUUGUAUUAAAGGAGUUGAUUCAAACUAAAGAUGACUUCAAGGGCAAAACACUUACCUCCAAGCAAUCAACAGUUGGAAAUGAGUAUCGUAGGCUUGACUCAACCAAACGCAGAAAGCACAGACAAAUAAAAGCUAAACUCAGCAAAGCCACUGUAAACUAAUUUAUUGAGCCUCCAUCCCCUGAUCCUAUGUAGAAGAAAGAUUCUUCUAAGAUUAAUAUUUACUUCUAUCACAACAAAAUAUCUUCUCCUUCCGUAUCUAAAAUCCAUAAAAAUAAUACUAAGAUAGAUUAAGAAUAAGGAGAGUUUAGUUAGCUAGCUAGGAUGAAAAAAACUUCGACUGACUUUAAACUUAGAUUAGAUAACUAGAGUAGGAUACCCUAAAAGAAUAAACUGAGUAAAUGGAAGAAAUUAUAGCAUUUGUUUGGGGGAUUACUUAGAUUUAGGACUCAAGAUGCAGUGAAAAUAGUCAGCCCAGACUAAAUAAUAGAUGAGAUAAAUAGAGUUUAAUAACCUAAAGAUUUUUCAUUCCAAAUAGCCCCAAAAAUUAAAAAAAUCCCGGAAAAGUCAAAUAAUAAUCCUGAUGAAAAGAAAAGAAAUAAUAAGGCAUAGAAACCUCAAAAAAAUAAUAAAAUAAUUUUAGAUGUACAUAAUCAAAAUGAACUAGAUGAUUCAAAUAGGCUUGAUGCUGGAGACUUUGAAGCAAUGAUUCUUAAUGGAAAUAAAUAAAAUUAAAACAAGAUAUUACAAUUAUAGACUACUUAAUAAUAAAACAAAUAUGUAGUUCCAAUACAAAAUUAAAAAGCGUAAAAGAAAAAAAAGAUAUAAACUGCUCCAAAAGUGAGGGAAAUUGAUUAUUUCAGGAAGAUUAGGAGGUUCCAUGAAGCAGCUAGCAGAGGAUCUGCUAAGGAUGAAAAGAAGAUGAUGACUGAACUUAAGACAGACUUAAAGAAGCAUAUGUGGACGAGAAGUGAUCCAUAACAUUUAAUUAAUAUAAAGAAUGUCUUUGGCCAAACACCUCUUUAUGUUGCCUGUGAGAACGGGAACCUAAACAUUGUUAAGAUGCUAGUUGCGAAUGGAGCCAAUGUUUUUAUAAAGUCUAAUAUUGACAAAGAAAAUGAAGAAAAUAAUCUUCAAUGUGCUGCUAGAUGGAAGUACUUUGAUAUUGUUAAGUAUCUAAUAGAGAAUAUGGACUGGACAAAAUAAGACCUUAAAGAAGCUAUCUUAAUUCCAGAUCUAUAAAGAAGAAUCAAGAAUCUUCUAAUAGAUCACUAUUAAUUGAGAUAUGGAAAAAUUUACUGCAUGCGCUGUUGCUUUAAUUUUUGGAAUUGA